AUGCUUACUGAUCUUCCACUUGAUUUAGAAUCGGAAAUCCUCUCUAGGGUUCCGGCCACUUCUCUACAAAGACUGAAAACGACUUGCAAACGUUGGUACGCUUUAUUCAGAGAUCCAAGAUUCGUCAAGAAAAACUUGGGUAAAGCAGCAACGCAUGUGAUCUUUGAUAAUCGUAGUGGUUAUUCAAUGACAGAUAUAAAUUCUCUGAUUCAUAGCAUCAAUCUCCGUGGAAUCCAAAACAGCUUUGAUCCAUCCAUUGGGGUCGACGUUAAACUUAACGUUCUAAAGGAUCCAAGACAUGAUAAGAUAAGUCAUAUUAUCUCUCACUGCGAUGGUUUAUUAUUGUGCAAGACCGAGGACUAUGGUAGACUCGUGGUUUGGAACCCUUGCACUGGUCAAAUCAAGUGGAUCCAAGCCAAUAAUAUGUUAAUGGACGUUUAUGUGCUAGGAUACGUAAACAACAACAAAUCUUGCAAUAGCUACAAAAUCUUGAAUUUUGGCAUUCUUCCAUUAAACAGUUCUCAUGAUAAUAAGUCUAAAAUCUAUGAGUUCAACUCUGAUUCAUGGAGAAUUCUUGACCACGUCUCUCCCGGUUACUUCGCAAUAUCCAAAGCCAUGACUUUGAAGGGAAAUGCUUAUUGGUUUGCUUCAGAUUGGAGUGGCACUAAAACGAGGACCCGAAUUUACUUUGCUAAAGAAGGUAUACAAGUUCAUCAAGAGAUUGCACAGAAACCAAAAAAAUGUGGGCCAUUUCUCGUCAGUUAUGUUCCAAGUUUGGUUCAAAUUCAGUCAGGUAAUAAACAGAGUAGCUGA